AUGAUUGCAUUAGCACUUUCAUAUUGUGUUUACUGGCUAAGUAUUGAUGAAGACAUUGUAAAUCUUGCAAUAAAUUGUCUUCAAUGCAUCGAAAUACAACUUGCGCCAAAGAAAGAAAUUGUGCAUAAUUGGUUGGUUCCCGAGGAACUCUGGGAAAGAAUACAUAUUGAUUAUGCUGGUCCAUUUAUGGACAAUUUGUUUUUAUUGGUUGUUGAUGAAUAUUCUAUGUGGCCAGAAGUUUUUAUCUCUAAAUCUUCAUCUGCAUCAAUCACUAUUGAAAAGUUAAAAUUAUUGUUUUCUAGUUUUGGUCAACCCAGAGUUCUUGUUCGUGAUAAUAUAUCCUCGUUUAUGGAAGAAGAAUUUCAGACUUUUUUGAAAAGUUUUGGUUUAAAACACUGUACAUGUGUUCCUCACAAUGUAAAAUCAUAUGACAAUGUGGUAAGAUUUGUAUUCCCCUUGAAACAUGCGUUCAUAGAACUUAAAGGUCAGGUCAGUUCUGUCCAGAUCACAUCUACUAUAAAGAGUCCAGAAAAUUUGUUUUUAGGACGAGAUUUAAGAUCUAACCAGGACUUACUCAAAUAA